CAAAACCAACUUGACAACGUUUCUCAUCAACUGAUAACUUUUUUUUUGUAACACCAUUAGCUGAUAACUUGUCAUCAGAAAUAUAAGAGAACAUAGAGAAAUAAGAAGAGAGAGAGAGGGAUAAAAUAUGACAUCACCAGUGCAGCUCCAUGACGUCCCAGAGUUUUCCAACGGCUUCCACACGCUGCAGCCUCACGAUCAAACCGAUGAUGGCCUGAUCAGACGAGUCUGUCCCAUGCGCGGUAUGCACGUGCCGGAGCACGUGGCGAUGCACCACACACACGACGUUGGUCCGGGUCAGUGCUGCUCCUCGGUGGUGCAGAUGAUCCACGCCCCGCCAGAGUCCGUGUGGGCACUCCUGCGUCGUUUUGAUAACCCUAAAGCUUACAAGAACUUCGUAAGGCAGUGCCGUAUCGUCCAAGGAGACGGGCUCCACGCCGGCGAUGUUCGGGAGGUCGUGGUCGUGUCGGGACUCCCAGCGGUCUCGAGUACCGAGAGGCUCGAGAUCUUGGACGAUGAACUUCACGUGAUGAGCUUUAGCAUCGUGGGUGGGGAUCAUCGGCUCGAGAACUACCGAUCGGUGACGACUCUCCAUGCGUCGGAAGAUGAAGGAACCGUUGUGGUGGAGUCAUAUAUCGUCGAUGUUCCACCGGGGAACACAGAGGAAGAAACUCUUAGCUUCAUUGAUACUAUCGUCCGGUGCAACCUUCGGAGUCUAGCUAGAAGGACCAACCUGCAAUAA